CCCAGUGCAAGGGUCAGAUAUAAUGGAACUGGGCCCAUGUGCCAACCUGUCCUGCCUGCUUGAGAAUGGCAGCGCUCCCUCCAACACCACUGGCAGCGCCAGCGACAUCUUGGCCACCUCCUUCCUGGGAUGUGCCCUGUCCGUCAUGUGCGUCAUCGGGGUGGUUGGAAACAUCUACACGUUGGUGGUUGUCAACCUCUCCGUACGUCUGUCUGCCUCCAUGUACGUUUACGUGGUCAACUUGGCCUUGGCCGAUCUCCUCUACCUGGCCACCAUCCCCUUCGUCGUCUGCACCUACUUCGUGAAGGACUGGUACUUUGGGGACGUGGGCUGCAGGGUCCUCUUCAGCCUGGACCUGCUGACCAUGCAUGCCAGCAUCUUCACUCUCACCAUCAUGAGCACAGAGAGGUACCUGGCGGUUGUCAAGCCCUUGGACUCCCUCCGGAGGCCUGGAGACUACCGGAGGACCAUCACUUGCUCGGUCUGGCUCCUGUCCUUCCUCCUUGCCUUGCCCACCAUGGUUCUCAUCGACCUCCGGACGAGCAGCCAGGGGGGAGUGACCAAGCGCAUGUGCCACCCUACUUGGCAGAUGGGGGCCUACAAAGUCUACCUCACUGUCCUCUUCAUCACCAGCAUCUUGGCCCCUGGCCUAGUCAUCUGCUACCUGUAUAUCAAGUUGGCCAGGACCUACUGGAGGUCUCAGGCAGCCGUCUUCAGUGCCAAGGCGAUGAAGAGGUGCUCUCGGCAGAAGGUCCUGUACAUGAUAUUUAGCAUCAUCCUUGCCUACUGGGCUUGCUUCAUUCCCUUUUGGCUCUGGCAGCUGCUCAGCGUCUAUCGCCGCCAGACGGGCAGCCUUGCAAACGCCACAGUGGCCUGCAUCAAUUUUUUCGUGACCUGCCUAGCUUACAGCAACAGCUGCAUCAACCCUUUCCUCUACACGCUGCUCUCCAAGAACUACAAGGCGUACUUAAGGGGUCGGGAGAGGAACGCCCUUGUCCUCAUCAAGGUCAAGCACAAGAGGGGUUCCUCGGGGGAAUCAGUGUGGUCUGGAAGCCACACGUACACAGAGAGCUUGGCUGUGGCUCAGAUGCAGGGAAUCGGCAACAAGGAAGUCUUCUUGUGAGAAAGUGAGUAGGAGGCAGGCCAGGCAGGGGGACAAGCGUUCAGCCACUCGACCAGCCUUGAGGGAAGAAGCCCCGUCCUGUGCCAAAUUUCCCUACUUGAUUGGCUGCUGGGAGCUACAGAAACCCACACAAAAUACCCGUCUAGAUCAGGCAACCCCCAGUUCUGGAACGUUUGGACAGUGAUGUGUGGAUAGUUGUUUGUGCAAAAGGCCUUCAUACGCAUAGGAUUUGACAAUGUGUGCCUAGGACAGGGGUCUGCAACCCAUGGCUCUGGAGCCGCAUGUGGCUCUUUUACACCUUUGCCGCGG